AUGACUGAGAUUUAUACUCUCAUUUACUCUCAAAUAUUUGAAAAAGGAUUCUCAAAACAAGAAUGGUUUUCCUUCAGCGGGGCUCUCCCAGAGCCCUGUAGCCAGGCCGGCAAGAUCCGAGUACACCCGCGGGGCAACCUCUGGGCCACCGGUCACUUCAUGGGCAAGAAAAGUCUGGAACCCUCCAGUCUAUUUCCAUUCGGGACAGCUCCCCAUACUUUCUUGAGGGAUCAGAGACCACAGCUGAGUAACAGUCUGCUCAGGAUCCUCCUGCUAAAGAAAGCUCUGGGCAUGAGCCUCAGUGGCCCAGCACCCUAUACCCAGGUAAAUUCUGUAUAUUUCUCUUCAGUACAGGACGCUGCUGAUGCAAAUACUGCAGAAGUGACGGCAAUACUGGGGCAGACACGAUAACAUUGUGCCCACCCAGGGAAGGUGGUGAAUAGGACCCUGGUGGUGGCCCCAUCUGGAUGUAAAUCCCCAGCUCAAAUCACUGUUACUGUGAUUUCUGGUUGGGUUGCUGGGAAUAUCACUGAUGCAGAUGCAAACUGUGUUCCCACUGUAUUUCUUCCCUGUUGUGAAUAAAACAUAAAAUAUCAAAAAAAAAAAAAAAAAAAAAAAAGAAUGGUUUUCCUGGGGGCACCUGUAGCUCAGAGGUGUAUGUAGCUGGCCACAUACACCAAGGCUGAAGGGUUCAAACCUGGCCAGGGCUAGCUGAAACAACAAUGACAACUGCAACAAAAAAAAUAGCCAGGCAUUGUGGCGGGUGCCUGUAGUCCCAGCUACUCAGCAGGCUGAGGCAAGAGAAUCAUUUAAGCCCAACAGUUGGAGGUUGCUGUGAGCUGUGACGCCAUGGCACUCUACCCAGGGCGACAGCUUGAGACUGUCUCAAAAAAAAAAAAAAAGGAAUGGUUUUAAGACAUUUUCAAAUAUUGAAUGUCAAGGCCAAAUUAAUUCCACAAGAAACAAAUCUUUUAAAUAUUGCUCCCUGUUGGGCAGUGCCUGUGGCUCAAGAAGUAGGGCACCAGCCCCAUAUACCGGGGGUGGCGGGUUCAAGUCCAGCCCUGGCCAAAGCUGCAAAAAUAAAAAAUAAACAUAAAAAUAAAUAUUGCCCCCUGCCACAUUUUACUCUUAUAAUACUAUUAAAAAAAAAUACAGAAUUUCUCUUUCACUCAUAAUAUAUGGUGUGCCCAUAAAAAUUCCAUUAAUGAGAAAGGUAAGGAAAAACCUUGUGUGGUUACUAAUUAACAACAGAAACCACACCUGGACAGGACAAGGCAAAGCAGGGCACUAGCUAUAUUUUUGCUGGAGAUUUGGGCAGUGAGGCUGUCAAUUUGAUUUGGUAUCCUCCUUGGUGCCCUUAACUCCUCCAGACACUGGGAUGGACCAGGAGGGAGGCAGGGAGCACACAGUUUUCCACCGUCUCCACAAACACCUCUGCUCUCUACCACGGCCUGAUAGUCUCCUGCAGGAGCAGCAGCUAUGGCUGGUGGGACUCAAAGAUCAUUGAUGCGAUAUACCAGAGAAGACUGAGGUCACAGACUAAAAUAGAGCUAUGUGUUUUCACAGAUGCAAGAGGCUGAGUACACAGUGGCCACAGACUGUUAGCAAAGUACAUGGGGCAGUUGCCAUGGAGACAGAGUUGUAAGAUGCUGAAGCAGUAAGAGUUAGCACUGCUCAGAGUGGGAUGAGCUGAAGUUGGGCCCAUGAUGGACAGAAAAGAAAAUGGAAACCCCAAUGGAGGCACCCAUCCUGAAAUGUCCUGGAGCAAUAACAUGUACACUAAUGGUCUCAGAAAGUUGCUGCUCAAUUAUUACAUUCUUCAAUGUAAAAAGUCCUUGACAACUAUGGAACCUACAUAAAUGUAGCUGAUCAGACAGAGCAUAAACUUCUGGGCAAGAAGAUCCCCUAGGGCAGUGCCUAUGGCUCACAGGGGUAGGGCGCCAGCCCCAUAUGUCGGAGGUGGUGGGUUCAAACCCAGCCCCGGCCAAAAACUGCAAAAAAAAAAAAAAAAAAAGAAGCUCCCCUAAACUUCUUGCUUUAUAAGAAGUAGUGAAGCAAAACUUGCCUUAAUGAUCAGUUAAGAUAGAGACCGGUGACCUUAAAUAUAAUCUCGUAUGCUUUGCAGGAAAAAGAAAACUCAGUGAUAACAUUACCUCUAGUUCCUGACAUUUUUUUUUUUUUUUUUUUGUGGUUUUUGGCCCGGGCUGGGUUUGAACCCGCCACCUCCGGCAUAUGGGACCGGCACCCUACUUCUUGAGCCACAGGCGCCGCCCUAGUUCCUGACAUUUAACUUCUGUCCUAAGUUAAAUGUGUAUGAUGUGUAUUAGGAGUGGACAUGCUACUUUUAUUUUCAUUUUUACUUCUUCAGUCUCAGCUUUGUUAAGAACUGGCUCCAGGGUGGCGCCUGUGGCUCAGUGAGUAGGGCGCCGGCUCUAUAUACCGAGGGUGGCGGGUUCAAACCCAGCCCUGGCUGAACUGCAAACAAAAAAAUAGCCGGGCGUUGUGGCGGGUGCCUGUAGUCCCAGCUGCUCUGGAGGCUGAGGCAGGAGACUCGCGAAAGCCCAAGAGCUGGAGGUUGCUGUGAGUCCUGUGACAUCAUGGCACUCUACCGAGGGCAGUAAAGUAAGACUGUCUCCACAAAAAAAAAAAAAAAAAAAAAAGAAAAGGGGCGGCACCUGUGGCUCAAAGAGUAGGACCCCGGUCCCAUAUGCCAGAGGUGGCGGGUUCAAACCCAGCCCCAGCCAAAAACCACAAAAAAAAA